AUUCAUUUGAUGUGAAAUAUCAAAGUAACACAGACUGUCGAUCGGCACGCAGAAAAUUUCUCUCAUAAAUACGGCAAAUAAGCGUUCCAACUAAAAACUAUUUCAACAAGCGCAUCUUAGAUCAAAAUACCGAUCGAUGUCAAUGAUGUUGGACCAAACAUCGGAUUCAAUUGAAAAUCAACAGCUCGAUGUAUCCGAAAACGGAGCGCCUCAGCAGCUGGAUGCUGAGAUGAUGAUUGAAACAAAACUCACCGACAUAAAUAUCGAUUGUCAGGAGCACGUCUUCAAACAUUUGGGCCUGCUCGAUUUGCUGAACAUAGCUGAUUCCAGUAAACAAUUCAAGACGGCCGCCGAUUUGGUAUUCGCGAAGAAAUUCGGAAAUGAACGAGUGAAAGUGCUAUGUAUAAGACCUUGCCGCAAUCAAUACGUAGAAUCGAACGAAUCUAUAGAAUGGAUCGAAUUUGCGAAAACUGGUCUACAAUUAUUCCGUAAUUUUGGCCACUUGAUUUCAGUCCUGAACUUUGAACCGGCCAAUGUGCUUGCGAAAACUCCUCGGGAGGAAUCUUUUUCGCUACUGUACAAAUGUGCAAUCGAGUACAUCAAUGAAUAUUUAGCUGAAUCGUUGACUGAAAUUUGGAUUCGUCAAUGUCCUGAAGGUUUCCUGAAAUUUCUGAACCCGCUGCUCAACAUUUCGACUGUUGAAAUCGACAGCUUCGGUUUUGAAGGCCUAAGCAAUGACUGGUUAAAAACGUUGUUUCCAAAAUUGAACCGUUUGACAUACAUCGAUUUUAAUCAGUCACUUGGCAUGAUUGAUCACCACUUCCCACAUUUGGAGCAUUUGAGUGUACGUCGUGGCUAUAGUGCCAUCGCAUGGGAUAAUAUAUCACCAGCGGUACUAGAUCUAAAUUCUCAGCUACGCAGCUUAUUCAACUUCGACAUUGGACCCGGCGUAAAUGUACUUCGAAGCAUGGAACGCUUGCAACACCUUGAAGAGCUUGACCUGAUGUGGGAUAUGAAAUAUGCUAACGCACGAAACGAAUUCGAUGGUGAAAUAUUUCGCUUUCGAACCAUAAAAAUGUUCAAAAUUUUUACAAUGGACACCUCCCGCGAAUAUGGAACAUUUCCGAAAAUCCCAUUUGUAUUUGAUCAACUUGAGAAAUGUGCCAUACAUGCAAAAGCAAGUUCUUUUGACGAAUUGUACAAAUUUCUUGAACGAAACCCAACAAUUACUGAUCUAAAGUUGCAAUUAAAUUGUCUUUUUGUGAACUUAUCGAAAAUUGCACAGGCAUCGCGGUCUCUUCGUCACUUCAAGUUUAGAUCGCAUGCUUUUAUCACAAAAGAAAAUAUUGUCGAUUUUAUCGAUUCCUUGCCAGUUUUAAAUCAGGCUUAUUUUACUGUGCAGCUUAUUCCUAACGAUUGUUUGGAGCAAUUGAAGCAAUACUUCUCAACGCAUCUGGAAAACGAAUGGCACGUAUCUGUUGAAGAAGUAAAUGAUUUCACAAAAAUCACAUUGGAACGUUUGGAUUGAACGUCAUAAAUCAACUCAAAACUGAAAAUUAUUGUUCAAGCUAAAUUUAACCAUAAUUUUAAGCAAAAAAUAAUCUCACAGAGAAAAACAUUGAAGAUCAGUCAUUUAGAUAGUUAAGAACAUGUAACGCAAUUUAGUCAUUUUUAACGUUAAAAGAUGUAACGUUUUUAGUCUUUAUUUCCGUCAAAAUCGACUGAAAUUUCAGUGUAAACCAACUGUAUGAAUAUUCGGAACGCUACCCAGCAUCUUUCAAAUUCAAACAUUUGAAAUGACAACCAUUCCAAACAACUCUGUGCCGAACGAACUGAAUAAACAUCUUACAAGAAUUCAAUUUGUGUAUUGAUUUCGUUUUGGGCGCGUGAAUUAGAAAGAAACAGCAGAACCGAUACAUCUCUUCCAUUUCACACAACGCAACACAACACAACACAACAGACUCAUUCGCUACUGUGGCUUGGUGUUGCAUUUGUUUAUUUUGGUUCCGUUAUGAGAUUAUAUUUCGCAUGAGUUUCUGCAUCGAUACCAGUCAAAUCCGAAUCUCGCCACGAAAAUUAGCGCGUUGAAGAGAGUUGUCAAAUUCAGCUUGAUUUGUCAAACUGAUGCCGGUUGCACAUUCAUAUUGAUCUGAGCAUUUGAAAAGGCAAGUCAUUUGUUGUGCAUACUGUUCGAUUCACAGUGAUUGUUUUUUUUUGUUCUCAUUGUUUCAUUGACUCAUGGCAAUGCGGACCGAUAUCGGAAAAUGCAGUUUCUGCUGGGCGAAGUCGUACGAAUCGGUGGGCCAGCUGACAACAAUUUGAAAGAAUUUGUCACCAAAAAGUGAUUUGCAUCGCUACAAAUGUGGAUCAAAAUUCAGCGAAACAUCAGCUAUUUCCAUACAACGUACGGCAUGCUGAAUAGCGAAUGGGCCAAAUACAAGAGUGAUCCAGUCACAAAUAAGAUGCCACUUGUGCCACGACCGCCAAAAGUGAAGAAUUUUAUUGCGAUUCCCGUUCAUGACUUCGAUCUCAAGCACAUUCGCAUCGAUGUCACGCUUUUCUAUGAAAUUGCUUGUGGUUUGGGUGCUUUGAAGCAUGCGAUAGGAAAACGUGGAGGAAAAGUGAGUAUCAGCCGCGAAGUUUACAACAAAAAUACGGCACAGUGGUGGAAACACGUAUUCAACAUGAAGAAAAUCAACAAAAUCGGCGGCCGAAAAAUAAAAUUCGAUUGCUCGAUCAUGACUGAUAGCGUUUCUGUUUCGCUCAUGUACAUCAAAUCGAACCGUACGCUGGAUGCGAAGGAUUUGAAGACAAUUGAGGAUAUGUACCGUGGAGAACGAUUCGUGUAUGAGCUUGGAAUCGACCCUGGCGUUCGAACAUGGAACGCAACCGUUCGUCGCACCGUUGCAACUGGUGAUGAGGAAAACAUCACGAUUGCUGGUCCAACGUAUCAUUGGAGGGCAAAACGAUCAAAACGUAGGCAGAAAGAAGAACGAUGGCAGAGGACAUUCAAGGAGCAACUACAACGCGAGAUUCGGUCAUAUCCAGUGGACCCAUCGCCAAAGUCAAAGGAUGCAUGGAAGAGCUACAUUUGUCAUCGGUUGACUAUGAUGGCACUGGGAAUUGCUGUGUUUGGAACGCGCAAGUACGCUCGCCUCAGUUUCGACAAAUACGUGGGGUCAACUCGAGCCAGCGGCAAAAUUGCCGCAUCGUUAACGAACAAAAAGCCAUCAAUGAUUUACUUGGGCGCAGCACAAAUGGCAAAAAACUCACCGAUUGGAAUCAAAAGACGGUUGCGAUGCCCCGGCACAAGAAAAUUGUUGGCCAGCUUCAAGAAAUUGAACAAUUGCACCGUUCGUAGACAUGCGCAAAAAUGCCUUGGACGUUUCGAUCCACGAACCAAACGAAAUCGGUUCAAAGUUUGCCGACAGUGCUGGCUGAAUGGAUAUGAUGGUCAAAUAUUGCCAAACAAAAUCGUGACCACAUUAAGUAGCCGAAAACUGAAGAAAGCACGCAAAGAGGAGAAGGACGAACGAAUGCAACAGAAUGUCAACAACAAUCAGCCACGUAACGCAGCCAAUCCGACUCGACCAGCUAAAAUACGUUUGGUGUCAAAACUUUGCAAAUACUAUAAAUGUCAUUCAAAUGAAGCUGGUGACUUGGAGUGGUAUGCGUCACACAUAAAUCAGAACGUAACCAAUUGACAUCGUGACGUAGUGGCUGCAAAGUGCAUUCUAUACAAAGGUCGUUGUGAGGUGUUCGGAUACCGCAUUCACCCGAAUCUAUCGACACCGGUCCAGCACAAAGAACAGAACAUCGACAGUGAUUACGAGCACAUCUCCGAAGUUGAGGAUGAUGAAUAGAUUGCAGCAAUCACUAGCAGUAGCACCAACUCCAUAUCACUUAAGAAUACAUUUUAAAAAUAAUACUUGUACUAACGAUUCGUUAUCCAACUGGCCUUGAUUAAUUAACGGGCCUGAGUGAGCAGCCUUCUGUUGUUCACGGGAGUACGUACUGUUGGUUGCGUAGUUUUAAGCAAGAAAAAAUACAUUGACAAAAACAUUGAAGUGCGGUCAUUUAGAUAGUUUAGAAACACAACAUGAAAUACAAGUUAUCAUUCUUUUCUACUGAAAUUACCAAAAAUAAAAAUGGUUCAAUAAAAUGAUAA